AUGGCGCAGGCAACGUAUGACGCGUUCAACCACGAGAGGCACUCGCCGCACGCCGGACUCUCGAGGUUCGGCAGGAAGCGCUUCUUCGAGCGCGUGAUGCUGCCGGGCCACGCCGCCGCGUACCGGGUCACCAGGUUCCUGUACGCCACGUCCUCCGCCCCCGCCGCUCCGGCCGCCGCGUUCGUGAGGAGCCGCCAUCCGCGGCACCGGUGCAAGGAGUCCAACUGGAUCGGGUACGUCGCGGUGACCACGGAUGCGGGGAAGGCGGUGCUCGGGCGCCGGGACGUGGUCGUCGCGUGGCGCGGCACGAUCCAGGCGCUGGAGUGGGUCGACGACCUCGAGUUCUCCAUGGUGCAUCCCAAGGGCAUCCUUGGCGACGCCGAUGCCAUGGUGCACCGUGGCUGGUUCUCCAUCUACACCUCCAACGACCCGGCCUCCACCCACAACAAGGAAAGCGUGCUGGCCGAGGUGCGGAAGCUGGUAGACAUGUACAAGGACGAGGAGGUGAGCAUCACGGUGACCGGGCACAGCCUCGGAGCGGCGCUGGCUACCCUGAACGCCUUCGACAUCGUCGAAAACGGCUACAACUGCACGGUCUCGGCGACGUUCCCCGUCACGGCGUUUGCGUUCGCCAGCCCGCGCGUGGGCGGCGCCGGAUUCAAGAAGCGGUACCCGGCGCUGCUGUACCACGACGUGGGCUCCGAACUGGCCAUCGACACCGGCGCGUCGCCGUACCUGAGGGCGACCGGGGACAGGCGCGUGUGGCACAACCUGGAGUGCUACCUGCACGGUGUGGCGGGCGCGUCGACGGCGGCCGGAGGAGCGUUCGAGCUCGUGGUGGAACGGGACGUGGCCCUUGUGAACAAGUUGUACGAUGCGCUGAGAGAGGAGCACGGGGUGCCUGCGGGGUGGUGGGUGCCGUGGAACAAGGGCAUGGUGAAGGGGGACGACGGACGCUGGAGGCUGGUGGACUGCGAAGACGAGGAUGGGGAGGACGCCGUCGUGCCGCCGGUGAACAAGUGA